AUGCUAUUCUGCAACGUAAGAACAACCGUUUGCGUAGGGUCGUGCUUCACUCGCGCCUGGAUAUCCGCUGGCUUUGUCACUGCGAUUCUGACAGCUGUUGCCACUGGAGAGCAUGGUCCCUGGGUCGCAGGCGGUGCUGACGUGGAAGAAGCUGGCGCUGACGUCGCCAUAAGCGAGGCUGACGUGGACGCAGAUGCAUAUUCGAUCCCAGCUGCUCCUGUGUCUGCGACUUCCGCUGCAGCUGCCGCGACGGCUCUUUCUGAGUGUGACUCCGCCCCACUCCCUCCCAUUCGUACUAUCCUCACUCAACUGCCCCCUUACUGUAACUUCUUCUUCCAGGGCCUGAGGAACAACCCUCCCCUUUUUUCCCACCUCUCCCUCCAUUUCCCCCUGUACUCCCCCGUCGUCUUCCCCUUCCUCUUCCCCCUCCGCUCCCCACUCCUCUUCCACCUCCUCUUCCCCCUCCAUCCCCCCAAGCGCUCUCCCUUCUCUGUGGAGCCGACCGAUUCCUGGUGGCAGCGGCGUUCCGGCGAGGACGUCCCACGUGUCCUCCACGUCACCCGCGGCGCGGGCUUCCGUUAUUCGGUUGAAGCCGACUCGGCCGCCGUCGCGAUGGUGGCGGUGGAAGGGAGUGUGAGUGUAACCGAGAGUGACCCUAACGGAUAA